AUGAAUUCUUCAAAACAGAGAAGUCAUUCCAAUGUGUAUCGUAAAGAUGGUGGUUUGUCUGACAGACUGCAGUGUACAAUGCUUUUCCUGGAUAUCUAUUCUCCUGUCCUGACUUUGCUUCCUAAUACUUUGUCUAUUACAGUUGUAAAGCAAUGGUUGUUCCAACUUCGUGUUGGUGCAAUUGGCUUUGUUGCUAUUAAAGAUGGAAUAGUCCUUUGGUUUUGCUUUUGUGUUUUAGUACCUCCUAAGCCUGUUCAUCUCCAGCCUUCUGGGCAGGAGAGGAUUCCUCCAGCACCAUCUAGGCCUUUGCCUGCAGAUCCCAAGUCAACAAGAAGCUUACUGCCAGAAGAAGAAAUAACACAGACCUCCGCAGAUAUCAACAGGCUCAUUGAAAAAUUUGAAAGUAUUAGGUGGCCUGUCCAUGUUGUUCAAAGAAACCAAUUCAAUUUAGCUUUUAAGAUGGAACCUGGAACGGACUCUUCUAAAGAGUCUUGCCUGAGUGUCUGUGAUGUGGUAGCUUCUAGUGCUGCUUCUACAAACGAAAGUAAAGAGCUAGAUGAGAGUGAGCCCGGCAUCUUGUGUAGCACUGAAAUGUCUAAUGCAGACGUAAUGAAAAUUAAGGAACUAAAUAUAGAUGAUACCACAAGCACUGAAGACUGUACUGACGCGCACGUCAGCAAUGCAUCUGUGGAAGAGCUGGGCUGUAAGGACUCCUCUGUGGAUCUGAACGGUAAUGGCAAAAUUCCCAAUAGGGAUAGUGGAAUUGACAGCCCUUCUUGUAGUGUGGCCGGAGAGACUUUUCUGAAUGAAGAUGGCGUGGAACAGAAAAGAACAACUGUGACUGGGCAUCCAACAGAGAUGGAAACUGACAGAAAGGGUGUCAGGCUUUCUGCUGGGGAGCAGAAGAGAGACUCUGCUCAGGACGAAGACAGUGACAUAGAUGAGGGAAGCAGUGAAGAGCAAGAAACUGCAGAGGCACCUAAGCUCGAAUGUGUAGACAUUGACAAGUGCUCAGAGCCUCAAAAGCUGUUUAACAUUGCAAAUGAGCUUCUUCAUACUGAAGAAGCUUAUGUUAAAAGACUUCAUCUUCUAGAUCAGGUUUUUUGCACUAAAUUGUAUGAGGCUGGGAUUCCACCCGAAGUGGUAACAGGAAUAUUUUCAAAUAUUUCUUCUAUCUAUCGCUUCCACGAGCAGUUUCUCCUGCCUGAGCUCAAAACAAGGAUUACUGAUGAAUGGAAUACAAAUCCAAGACUAGGUGACAUCCUUCAAAAACUUGCUCCAUUUCUGAAGAUGUAUGGAGAAUACGUAAAAAAUUUUGACAGAGCAAUGGACAUGGUGAACACAUGGAUACAAAGAUCAACUCCUUUUAAAGAUGUCAUUCAAAACAUACAGAAACAAGAAAUAUGUGGGAAUCUGACAUUACAACAUCACAUGCUAGAACCUGUACAGAGAAUUCCACGCUAUGAGCUUCUCCUGAAGGAUUAUCUAAAAAAACUUCCCGGAGAGUCACCAGACAGAAAAGAUGCUGAAAAAUCACUGGAGCUCAUUUCUACUGCAGCAAACCAUUCAAAUGCAGCCAUCCGAAAGAUGGAAAAAAUGCACAAACUCUUAGAAGUAUAUGAACGGCUUGGAGGAGAAGAGGAUAUUGUUAAUCCAGCCAAUGAAUUGAUUAAAGAGGGGCACAUUCAGAAACUGUCAGCAAAAAAUGGCACAGCUCAGGAUAGGUAUCUGUUUCUGUUCAACAGCAUGAUAUUGUAUUGUGUGCCAAAACUGAGAUUGAUAGGCCAGAAAUUCAGUGUUCGAGAAAAGAUCGAUAUUGCAGGAUUACAGGUCCAAGAAAUUGUCAAGCAAAAUGCAGCCCACACAUUCUCAAUAACAGGAAAAAAGAGAUCCUUGGAACUGCAAGCUAGGACAGAAGAAGAGAAGAAAGAAUGGAUUCAGGUCAUUCAAGCAACAAUAGAAAAACAUAAACAGAACAGUGAAACAUUUAGGGCUUUUAAUAGCUCCUUUUCUCAAGAAGAUGAACAUCUCCAAGAUUCAUCUAUAGCAAGCACAAGUUCCGUGGAAUCUAUGCCAGGGACAGAUGGUAGCAGCACAUCUGGGGGGCCUGAAUGCUGUAGAAAAUCUUCCAAAUCGAAGAGAGAAAAGGAGAAGCAAGCUUGCAAAAGUUGCAGUGAAAGCUUUAACUCCAUUACCAAAAGACGGCACCAUUGCAAGCAAUGUGGAGCAGUUAUCUGUGCAAAAUGCUCUGAAUUUAAAACAUUUGCUGAUAACAGCCGCAACAACCGGGUGUGCAAAGACUGCUUUCAGCUGCUGUCAGCAACCCCAUGCAUCUCAGGCAAUGAAGGUGCAGGAGAACAAAAGAAAAAGGUCAUCAUGGAGAAGCAAAGCAUUUUGGGAAUGGAAAACAGUGUUUUCAGCAGCCACCUCCUGUUCCAAGAAAAAGGAAAGACUUGGUAUAAAGUGUGGGUCACCAUUCCUAAGACUGAACCCCUCGUUUUAUAUCUACAAGGAGGAAAUCAGGAUGGACGGAUUCCACGCAGCAUACCCCUACCAGGAUAUGAAGUUGACUUCCCACAUUCUGGUGAGAGGUUCGAAUCAAAAUACGUUUUCAAACUCUGCCAAUCCCAACAGACUAUCUAUUUCAGUGCAGAAGACGAAGACCUGCAAAUAAAAUGGAUGGAUAUUCUCACCAAAGCAGCUAAAGGGGAGACCCAUGAUUCAAGUGAAGAAGCCAGUAAUCCCUAAUGUCAUUUUAGGUGAUCCAAACUAUAUUGGGGAGGGGGGAAUGUCACCUGAACUCAGUAUUCAUGGCACUUUGAAAAUCUACAUGGCUUUAUAUUUCUGUAUGUCUGUAUAGGAAUUUUAGUAGUUCCCCCCCCUCCCUUUUUAUUGUACAUUCAUCACAUACAGUACCGAUUAUACAGCAUAUAUGUUGUUAGAUGGGAUAAGUAGGUGUAGUUGUUAAUGGUGUUUAUGUUGAUAUUAAUGGCAAAGGCAAACAAACGAGAAAGCAUUAAUUUUAUCAAAGGUAAUUAGAAAUCCAUCAGUUCCCUGCUAAUAUUUCUUAGCAGUUCCUCUUAUAGUUUUGUUCCUUUCCAAUGCUGUAUGAGUGAAUGAUGUGUAUAGUCUGUGAGUUACAGAAGUGCUGCAUUUAAGUUAAAUGUUGUAUAAGGCUUGUGGCUGGCCACUGACAUGCUGCUCUCUUGUCUUUCCCCCCUUUUUUUAAAUUGUCUCCUCUGUGCCGUACAAGCAAUGUAGUAGAUUUGAGGUUUUUUGGUAAUACUGUCCUUUCUUGAAAUGGUUUUUUCACAAGACAAAUACUGUAGAAUAUAUUUCUAAAGUCUUCUGAAAGUCAUUGCAGAAGACAUCUUGAAAUCUCAAUUAUCAAUAUAUAUGUAUAUAUAAAUAUUUGUUUGUUUUUUACUUUGACCCACACUUUUCUUAUUUCUUUAUAUGAGCUCCUUUUUAAUGUAUGCAAGCAAAUGUUUUAUACUGCAAACUGGGAUGCUACCAAUAAACGAGCAUUUUUAGUACACCUGGUAAGGUAAAAAGAAUUGUUUAGAAUGAUUAACUUUUUUGAGUAAUCAAGGAUUUAUUUAUAUAAUUUGUAAAUACCACAUAUUAAACAUUUUUUUUACACAACCAAUCUGAGAUUUAGUCAUCGGAUUAAGACACUUGUAUAAAUUGAAUUUGUAAUUUGUUUCCUGUGUACUUUUGUUUGCAAAAAUAUUUAUGUAUGCAAAUAAAAAUCCAUGCCAUUGA